ACAAACCCAAAGCACAAAAAUUGUAAACAACAAAAAUGGCCGCCGUUAAACUGUGCAGUGUUGCAGUGAUUUUUUGUAUUUUUAGUACGAGAUAGAAAAGUCCUUGUUGUGUGGAUUGUGAGAAAGGCAAUGCCUUCAUAGAAAAAACUCUUCAUGUAUGCCUUUAAGGCAUACCUACAUACACAUUUUAAAUUUCCCGCUUUUCAUUGUUUACAAGAACAACCAAGACUCAUCAUCUAGCCACAGUGAAUGUAAUCUAAUAAAAACUGACAAUAAAGAUAAUAUAAUGAAAAGAGCUGCUGCUAAAAAACUAAUAGAAAGAUAUUUUUAUCAGCUAACUGAUGGAUGUGGCAAUCCAAGUUGUAAUAAUAAAUGUUGUGCUUCUAGUGGCAAUGUCUCUACUCUCACACCCAAUGAAGCAGCAGCUCAAGCAAUACAAUUAUUUUCAGAGGACGCUACAUUAUGUGAAAGACAUCCAAAUAAAAUUGCAAGGACACAAAUACUAGGUUCUAAAACUAAAAUAAAAAUCGAUUCCUUACCAACAAAUGAAAUUCUAUUAGCUAAACGUGAAUUUAAUAGUGUUAUAAAUAGAAAACUAGGAACAGCAAAAACAUUAUUUUUGAAUGAAAAUAUACUUAUGGACCUUAUUGCUGAUUGUAAAAAAAAAGAAAACUUUUCUCCUCUUAUAAGGACCCUUGGAGAAAUAUUUAGUAGCAUUGAAUGUUUAUCUAGGAGUUUUUUACAAACCGAUAUUUUUUCUGAAACAAACACAAAUAAGUCUAAAACAGAUGUUAUAAGCGGACUUGACAAGGAAGCUGUUAGGUCUUUGGAAGGAGAAAAGGAUAAAGAUGAGGAUUCCUGUACUGAACUUAGUAAAAAUUCAAUACCUCCUGUUGACAUACCUUCUUUAAGACGCUGUUAUUCAGCGAUUCUUGAGCUUAAUUCUUCUAUUUAUGAAAAUACCCUGGUAAAUGCAUUAGUCACUUUGGCUGGCAACCUUCAAAUGGAGUUACCUACAAGAAAAGAUAAAAUGAAUCAUGACGAUAUUUUAAAUGUCUUAAUUAUAGUAUUUGAGAUACCAGUAUUAGGUUCUGGUGAUUUUUUAGAAACCGCCCUUCCCGCUAUUUGCAGGGCAUCCCAAUGCCUUAAUGUAGAAGUUAUGGCUAAAUUAGCAAGAACCUGGUCCAGGCCUGAUAGAUCAAGUUUACGGAAUAUUUUAGAAAAUUUACAACAACUAAUAACCUUAAGAGUAAUUGUGUCAAAUUUUCAUAGAGAAUUUUAUGUACAAAAUGAAAAUGUCAUUACUUCAGCAACAAAAUUAAUGAAGAUAUUAUAUUAUGCAAAUAUGUUGGCCGGAGUACUUGAGUCGUCAGAAUUAAGAAACAUCGAAGAUAUAAAUUCAUCUAUGGAUGAUUCCUACUUGGCUAUUAAACUAAAUACCUCAUCUGAUCCCUUGGCAACAGAAUUAGGAAUUAAUAUUUUGGACUGUAGAAAGCCAUAUUUGCCAUUCUCAGAUUUUUAUAACGAACCAUUAAGUGAAGCCAUUGAAAUGGAUAAGGAUUUUGCCAACUAUAAAAGUGAUCACGGGAAAUUUAGUUUCAUGGACUAUCCAUUUAUUUUGACUCCGGCUACAAAAAUAAUGGGACUCUAUUUUGAUAAUAGAAUACGUAUGUAUUCAGAAAGAAGAAUCAGCAUUUUACAAGCUAUUACAGGGCAGCCAUCAUCACAUCCUUAUCUAAGGUUAAAAGUUAGAAGGGAUCAUAUCAUAGAUGACGCACUUGUAGAGUUGGAAAUGAUAUCCAUGGAUUAUCCAAAUGAUUUUAAAAAACAAUUGGUAGUGGAGUUCGAAGGUGAACAAGGAAUUGACGAGGGUGGCGUUUCAAAGGAAUUUUUUCAAUUGGUCAUUGAAGAAAUAUUUAAUCCUGAUUAUGGUAUGUUUACUGUUCAACCUGACAGCCAGACUGUUUGGUUUAAUCCAACAAGUUUUGAGACCGAUGCUCAAUUUAUACUUAUUGGUAUAGUACUUGGAUUAGCUAUUUACAAUAACGUUAUAUUAGCUGUUAAUUUUCCUAUGGUAGUCUAUAGAAAACUUAUGGGAAAAAGAGGUUCCUUUGAAGAUUUACAAGAUUUAAAUCCGCCUCUUUACAAUAGUUUAAAAUCAAUGCUCGAUUAUAACAAACCCGAUUUUGAGGAUGUGUUUAUGCAAACAUUUAGAAUAAGUUACACAGAUGUUUUUGGAUCCCUUAUAACAUAUGAUUUAAAAGAUAAUGGAGAUGAAAUAAGUGUAACUCUAGAAAACAAAUAUGAUUUUGUUGACCUUUAUUCAAAUUAUUUGCUGAAUAAGUCAGUGGAAAAACAGUUUUUUGCGUUUUAUAAAGGUUUUCAAAUGGUGGUGGACGAAUCUCCACUAGAAUUGCUCUUCCGUCCAGAAGAAAUCGAAUUGCUUAUAUGUGGAAGUAAGAACUUUGAUUUUGAUGAAUUAGAAAUUUCAACAGAAUAUGAUGGUGGAUAUACAACUGAAACACAAAUUAUUAAAGAUUUUUGGUCUAUAGUGCAUGCAUUUACACUAGAUGACAAAAGAAAGUUAUUACAGUUUACUACUGGUUCUGAUCGUGUUCCUGUUGGGGGUUUGGGAAGAUUAAAAUUGGUAAUUGCUAAAAAUGGACCCGAUUCUAAUAGGCUACCCACUUCCCACACGUGCUUUAAUGUUUUAUUAUUACCCGAAUAUGCAUCAAAAGAAAAACUCAAGGAUAGACUCAUUAAGGCAAUUAAUUACUCAAAAGGUUUUGGAAUGUUGUAAAUUAAACAUGAUUUUUAGUGUUAUAUUUCAAGAUUUAUUAAAAUUACAUCAUGUGUAUUUAAUUUAAAAAAAUGUACGUUAAUGUUAAUAAAUAUAAUGUAUUUAAGCUGUUUUUAUAAGUCCAAGUCUGCGUGUACUUAAUAAAGAAUAAAGUUUAAAUAAUAA